AUGGCUGUCUUCGAUAAGGGGCAGACUCUGCAACAAUGUCGCUUUCUGGCUGAGCACUCUACGUCAGAAGAGGCCAGAUGCGAUAUUCUCGUUGCUUUACUGUGGAUCUUUAACACAGAGGGUACAAAAGUGAUGUCUGAUGCAGAUCUCAAGAACCUGUUUAUAUCGUUGACGAAGGUCCUCACUGUGUCGACCAUGACAGUACAAAUCCUCUCCAUGCGCUGCGUACAUGCGAUUCUUCCCCGCUUGGACUCUGCGUUAUUUAUUGUCAACUCUCUUUGCAAGCUUUAUGAUCAGGCCAAGCCACUGCAGCCCCUGUGUCUCCGUCUUCUCUCUGAGGUCUCAGUUGACGCCAAUGUAACAGAGGCUACCAAAAUGGCCCGCAUAGCCGCCAGUGAUUCCCGUGACCCGACCCUGGUUUCCGCCGCAGGGUAUGCCGCAUCGGUGAUUGGGGUCUCAAUAGCUGAUCAGGCUGCUCCUAACUGCACGACUGUUAAGGGGCCUGCAGGUGCUUUUCUGGCGAGCUAUGUAAAAGUCGACAAGCUUAGCCAAGUAACAAACCCUUAUGCGCAGCUGGUUCUUAUUCGCAGACUGGUAGACAGCAAGGAGAUUGAUGAUCAGCGGAAGCUGAAGAUUCUUAUGGAACACUUUCCCAAGCAGGUUGCCCCCAUGAAGAAGUACGAUGGUCAUUCUGGAGCCUCCACCUCAUUCAUCGAUCAGAUGUGUCCGUUGGAGGCUCUGAAGGCGGUCCUCCUUCUUCCUUAUGCAGUCUAUUCGCGUAAGUUGAAGGCCAUCAUUUUAGGCGUUGCACACUACCUCUCCAGUGCCGUUGGAUCUGUCAGCCGGACUGUUGGGCUUAAUCUGGCACACUCACUGCUGCGAUCUUGUAGUCAAAGUGGAUAUUUUGAAAGCUUUACUCUAGAGACAGCUAGCUCAGAUACUAGCACCUUUACGUUACUUGGAGCUAUAGAGGCUGCAGCUGGGUUUGCAUCGCAUGCUGUUGCCGUUCUUGCUGGGCAAGUCUUGAUAGAGUUGCAUUGCUGGAUAGCAGGGACACCCUUUGCUCAGGCAUAUACAGCAUUCAAGGAAAGUAGCGGCUCAGAACCAUCCAUUGGAAAGCUACUCAAUACAGUAAUCUCCCUGUUACCAAAUGUCAACAACAAUUUGAGGUCUGGCUUCCUCUCAACCCUAAAGGAGUAUGCCAAGGUCUCUCCCCACGACGUGACUGCCUCCCUGCCCAUUCUUGCACAGUUCUUAGAGCUUCGUGAUUCGUCUCUACGAACUCAAACAUUUGGGCUCCUCAUAGAUUUUUCAGAAAAACCUUUAAGCAAGUCAAACGAUCGCGCCAUUGAACUCUCUGUUCGGUCUCUCCGCGUCAUACUGGAGCUACUCGAGGACUCACCUAACUCCUUCAUAACAAAGAAGAUCUGUGACUUGAUUUCUAGACUGGACGUUACCAACUACAUGUAUAGAGGAAGCUUUUCAGAGUCCUCUGACAUAGGCCGCAACACCUCUGAAGAUCAAUCAGCCCUGUCCCUUGAUGACGCUGCAGAAAAGGCGCUGCUUCCCAUUGUCUGCCUCCUCUGGAACCGCGCAAGGCUAGAGCCAUCAUCCACCCGCCUCGCUGUCAUAGAUGCCCUUUACUCUUUGAGCGUCAACUCUGGGUGUCCAGACACCAUACAACAGGAAUGUACACGUGUUCUUUACAUCUUGGCAGACAUUACUGCUGCAAGUGACGAGUAUGUCAAGGACUAUAUCAUGAGCCAUCUGCAGCAGCAGAAGAAUGCACAGGAUAGCAGGUCUGCGGGUAACUUCAUUAUGUACCUGGACGUGAAUAGCAUCCUUGCCGCAGAAGAGGAGAUCCUCAAAGGAAAUCUCAGUUCUAUAGAGCUGACGUCAUCACAGCCCACCAUCAGACCAGACACGAUGCUUGAGUGCUCCAAGUCACAAUCCUUGCGCACUGUGUCAUUGGCAGCACAGAAGUAUGUCCAGCCAACCAAGUUUAAAGAGCCUGCUCCACUUAGUGUUCAUAAGCUUCUUGAAGAUUGCUUUACGCAUAUAUGUGAGUCUGCCAUUCUAGACGAUAGUGAAAUAAAGGCCAUAGAGAACGACCUGGCAGACAUCAAGGGUACCAGAGCCUUAUCAAAUUAUCUGUUUACUAACGGGAUAUGGCACCCGAUAGUCACCAGUAGCUAUGACGUACGGUGCGAUGCCUCUUAUAUCUUCGUUAAUGCUGCUCUGCACAAGGGUGUCUUAAUACUGUUCUCCAUGGGGACCUCGGAUAAAGACUUAAAAGCAGAUGUGAUGCGGCUGCACCUAACCAUGAACGAGGCAGAGCUCUCCUGUCCAGCUGAGUCUUUAUUUGCAGAGGAUGUGUCAAGUACCAGUCCAGUCAAGAAAUACCUCUGGCUCUCGUUCGAACAGCUACCGUAUAAAAGUUUCGAUGAACUUCUUAGUAAGACAGACUGCUACGAAAUAUUCGGGGGUACUCUCACCUACGAAAUCAAUGGGAUGUCGGAUGUUGUACGAUUGAGGUCAUUUGGCCCUUCGAGCUUUGAUUUAGUAAGCAAUGCCACUUCUGAAGCGCUCGCACCACUUCGUGACUCGUUUGCCGACUCAAAGGACGUGCUUUCUGGUACGUUUCAGCUUCCAGACCUGUCAACAAAGGAGGACGCCGCAGAUAGAAUCCCAAGUUUCCUGGGGCUUUCUCUGCUGGAGGUUAAUGAGACUAGCGAAGAAAUCACUCUGUUCCUCGGAGGCCAAGUGUUUCUGCGGUCUGUUGCCCUUGUUAGAUGUAAGAUCUACCUUGUAGACAAAAAGGUUUGUCUCCGUAUGGAUCUUGUGGGGCCUUCGAAGGAGAGCAUAAUGAACCUGAUGCAGUAA